AUGGAUACAUAUGCUUAUAUAUAUAAUAAUACAUUUGAUCCAACUUCUCCAUCAUUAAACGUUAUAUUAAAAGAUGAUGGUAUUGAUAUAUAUAGUCAAUGUUUAUUAUCAAUUGAUCUUGAUACAAUAACAAAAUACAUAUUAGUUCUAACAACAUUUUAUCCAAAUGUAACAGGAACAUUUACAAUAACUGGAUUUGGUGUUGGAUCACUUGGAUUUUCUCCAAUAAAUAUAUCAAAUCCAUUAUUAGAUGUUGACUCAAUAUAUUCAUCAUCAUUGAAUGAUUCAAGUAAAAUGUUUUGUCGAGAAAUAAAUUGUUCACAAGGAUAUUUCUAUUAUCAAUCAAUUGAUCUAAACAUAUCUAAAGAUGGAUAUUAUACAAUUCGAUGUUAUAGUAAUAUUGAUACAUAUGGUUAUAUAUACAAUAAAACAUUUAAUUAUUAUUCACCAUCAGAAAAUAUAUUAUCAUUUAAUGAUGAUUAUGGUGGUAAUAGUCAAUUUAUGUUUAAUAUGUUUUUAAAUAGUUUAACAAAGUAUAUAUUAGUUGUAACAACAUAUUCAUCAAAUGUUAAAGGAUCAUAUUCAAUAAUUGUAUCUGGUCCCGAAUAUAUUACAUUCAUUGUUCAAUGA